UUCAUGAAUGUGCUUGCCUGUGGAUUGUUUUCUUGUGUUUUUUACGACUUUGCUUUGUUUACCGGACUCCGACGAUUUCUCGCACGAACGACCUUGGCACGUAUUCUUGAUUCUGAUUUUGCACACACGAACGAUUUUGCCACGCACACUGGACUUCGCUUUUGGCAAGAUGGACGUUGAUUCUCUUUUUAAUACGACGGACGAUGGUUUACGAAGCCCUGUGCCUGGACCAUCAGAUAUGUCUUCAGGCGACUCGACGGUUGCAGGCGGUUCGACGGCUGAAGGUUCAACGGCGGCAGGCGACUUAACGGCUGAGAGCCCUGUGCCUGGCCCAUCUAGAGUAGGUGAUUCUAAUGAACCACCUGUUAAACGCAGACUGUAUGUGUCGGAAGUAGUCAAUCAUUGGAAUAUAACAAGAUUAAACCGAUUACUGGGGGCAAAGGAGCAGUGUGUGACUUUCGCGGAGGAAAAAGAUAUGGUGGCAGAGGAAAAAAUAUGCCGGACUCACCAAGUGCCGUUGCAUUUAAAAGCAACAAAUGAUUCCUUUGGUUCUUGGGCUUGUUACAAAAAAUCUUGUAAAAAUAAAAACAAAAUACCCAGAGCCAAAGAAACAUUUUUUGAAAAUGUCAAGAUUGACAUAAGACAUGUUUUCUAUUUAAUAUAUGCAUACGCCCAUGGUUUUAACCAAGACACUACAAUACACGAGGACCCAUUAAAAGAAGAGGGAAAAUGUUUAUCCGAGCCACCAUAUCGGAUUGGUUUUAUUAUUGCAGGGAAGCUGUACUAUAUUUUAUAAACAAACAAGAUAAUGUAGGAACAAUUGGAGGACCUAAUAAGAUAGUUCAGAAUGAUGAAUCCAAGUUUGGCAAGAGAAAAUAUAAUAAAGGUCGGCAUAUAGAAGGACACUGGGUUAUUGGAAUGAUUGAAGAUGGACCUGGAGACUUGAGAUUGGAGGUGUGCCCGGAUAAUAUUCGGAGUGCGGAUGUGUUGGUGCCCUUUAUAAAGAAACACGUAGAAGUGGGCACCACAAUACACACCUACUUUUGGCAGGCAUAUGAUUGCCUUAGUCAUCACGGGUACACCCACAAGAUAGUUAACCAUUCAGAUCCAGAAAACCCCUUUGUUGCUCCAGAUGGGACUUAUACUCAAAGAAUAGAGUCCCAAUGCAGAGGGGUAAAAGAUAUUUCAAAAAAGAAAAUUAUAAUAACCCUAAUAAUUUUGCCGAUCUAAUCAUGGAAUACAUGUGGAGGAGAAAUGUUAUGAAAUAUAAAAAAGAUCCAUUCAUUAAAUUGUUGGAAGCAAUUAAGUUUGUAUAUGACAUAAAUAAAUAAUUUUAAAGUAUUUUGUAUC